AUGGCAUGGCUUCAUUACAAACUUUAUAGACCCUACGCUUUAUGUUUGGUCUUUCUCAUUCUCAUCAACUUAUUUCUUUGGUUCUACCCUGUCGUAGAUGCAGGAACGGUGUUCAGAUUAUGUCCUGGAUAUUGGGCACUUGUGUUUCUAUUGACCAUUCCCUUGUUUUUGGCAUUCCCAGUCAUUGUUUAUACAAUUUAUGCUGUGAAAUAUUUCAAAAUACCUGCUGUUGAACAAGCAGCUCUUCCAGGUGAAGUCCAGGCUUCUAAAACAACUUUUGAAUAUUUGAAAAUCACUGGUUUUGUGUUGCUAGCUAUUCUCACCGUGUUAGCCACUUGUAUGUGUCUCAUCAUGACAGCAGUAGCAGCAUCCUAUCACAAUUCACACGUGUCAUUGGUUCAAGAUACAGUCUCUAUUGUAGAGGGAGCUGUUGUGAAGGGUGACAAAAUUGUGAUUGAACGUGACAAUGAAGGUUUCACACAUAUUCAAGGUUCCGAUAUUGAAGAUGUGGCAUUUGGUCUCGGAUUUACACACGCCAGAGAUCGAUUAUUCCAAAUGGAUUAUUAUCGACGAAUUGCUAGAGGUCAAUUGGCAGAAGUUGCUGGUGUUCGUGCUUUGAAUUGUGAUAAAUAUAUGAGAACUUUGGGAUUGUAUCAAAGUGGACAAGCAAAUUAUGAAACAUUGAGCGACGAUACGAAAACAUUCCUCACUCGUUAUACUGCGGGUGUGAAUUAUUAUAAGGGACGUUAUGGUCAAAGCAAUAAGGCAUUUGAGACCACAGUCUUGUCGUAUACAAUUUCGGAUUGGAGUGUGUAUGAUUCAAUGGCUGUUCUCAAAUUGUGGCAACUUUUGAAUAGUGGUAAUGCAAAUUUGGAAAUGUUACGUUUCUAUUUGGCUACUGUGAAAGGUUUGAGUGUGGAUCGUGUGAUGGAUUUGGUUCCAAUGACUCCACUCAAUUCAUCAUUUGCUUCCUUCUCUCCACAAGAUUUGGAUACUCCUACUGAAUUGUCGAAUGGAUAUAUUCAACAAGAAUAUGCCAGUUUGCAACAAGAUCUCGUCAAGAAUGCUGCCCUUCAAAACAGUGUUGGUGUGAAAACUCCAAAAUCUACUUCUACUUCAUACACUGUUCCAUCCUACUCAAACAUUGAUGAAUUAUUUGCAUAUUUCGAUCCAGUCACCACUCUCAUCAAGCAUAACAGCGAUUGGUUUGGUGCAGGUGGUUUCAUGUUUGGUACUGCCUUGUAUCCCGAUGCUACCUCUGCCUAUGUCUCUUCAAGAGGUGAAGGAUUCAGAACUCAACUUCCAAAUCCUGCCUAUGUCGCUCAUUUGAAAUUGAAGAGUGCAGCCAAGACACUGAGUACUAUGGGUCCAACCAUUCCUGGUAUUCCAGGUUUGUUGGAAGGAAGAUCUGGUUUGGGAGCUUGGACCAUUUCUACCAUGUAUGCUGAUUGUAUGGAUUGGUACAUUGUUUAUAACGUGACUUCGAAUCCACUUUACUACUAUGCAAAUGGAGGUACUUACAAUUACACUUACAGAGAAGAGAAGAUUAAUGUGAAAGGACAAACAGAACCUGUCACAUUCACUGUUCGUAAUACUAUCUAUGGACCAAUUAUGACUGAUUUGCUUCCAGAUUCUCUCAAAUAUGGAAAUAUUCAAAUGGCUUUGCAAUGGUCCUCUAAUGUUGACACAGAUAACACGAUGGAUUGGUUUACAGGUGCUUGGCAAACUUUGACUUUGGACGAUUUCAAUGCCCUCACUGCCAACAAAUUUAACAAUCCACCCAUGAAUAUGUUAACUUAUUUCAGAAGUGCCUAUGCUGUCUACUUUGGCGUGGGUCGAUUACCUCAGAGACGUACUGGUCACUCUGGUCUUUUCCCUGCUCUUGCAGACGGUAGUGCUGCAUGGCUUGGAUGGAACACUCCCAUUGUGAAUGCAAGAGCAUUCUUUGCAAAGAAGAAAUAUUUCGUCAGUGCCAAUAAUAAGCCUGUCUCGAUUGGUUAUCGUUAUAACUUUGGUUAUGACUUCCCAACCAGUUAUAGAGCUCGUCGAUUGAAUGAUCUCAUUUCUGCAUUCUAUCCAAGUGGUACCAUCGUUCCAGUACUUGAAGAAAAUAUCAAGGCAAUGAUUCGUGAUAGAGUCAGUGUUUACUUCUCUGAAGAUUUGAAGCCACUCCUUGCCAAGGCUGCUGAUAAACUUUCCGACACGGAUAUGGCCACCUCUCUCAAGAGUUGGACAGGCAGUUUUGAACCAAACUCUUUCGAACCACUCAUUGCCCAAAAAUGGUAUUAUGAAUUGAGUAGAGUUGCUGCUGCAGACACAGGAGUCGCUUAUUGGGACAAUCCAGUUUUCAUUCAAAAUGUGUUCUUGCCAAACUAUGUCUACAACAAGAAUGGAACAAUUGUCACAGCUGACACUGUAUCAUCUGCUACUCAACAACGUAACAUUCAAGCUUGUGUCCUUGCAUUGUCAACCAUUUACAAGGUUACGGCAACAGCUAAUGACCAAACUGCUUGUGACGACUUUGCUGCUCAAGCACUUGCUAAGGUUGUGAAACAAUAUGGAAGAACUCGUUUGAACUCUGUUUAUCCAAAACAAUGGUCUCAUUACAUGUCUGAAAAUACCAAUAUUAAUUGUGUAUGUGCUCGUGACAGUUAUGCUUUGGGCGGAGGCGAAUUUACAGUGUUACAAUCAGCUCCAAUCCGACCAACCAUGCAACUCGAUUCUACACAAACCUCUGGCAUGAAUGAAAACAGUUCUCCACCAUUCUACUCCAACCAAGGUUUCUAUUUCGAGCAAUAUGCUUAUCUGGGUCCAAACUCUGCUGCUGCAACAAAUCAAUAUAUUCCAAAGAUGAAUGUUGCAGGUGGUAUUACCGGUCACCAAUGGGACAAGGGUAUCUAUGAUACAUUCCAAGGAAUGGUCAUCGAAAGGGGAGAGUAUUUACAAGCUCUACUUUCAUCUUAUUCUGUAGCUUCUUCUCAAACUCUGCAGCAAGUUCAAGUGUAA